CACUCAGAUCUCCCCUACUCACUUCCCUCCACUCCCCAACAAACCCUCUCCGUCGCGACCGUCACCCUUAAAAAUGGCGAUUUCCACCACUAACCUCCGUACCACCGUUAACAGAAACCUCUCUUCAUUUUCCGUUGCAUCAAAAACGCACAAACUUUCAACAUUUUCAGUCCCUCUCCGCAAUUCUCGCCGAAAUUCUCGGUUCAUAGUACUAACGGCGUCACUAGACGCGAAACCAACCGUACUAGUAACAGAGAAGCUAGGAGAGGCAGGACUGAAUCUACUAAAGGAAUUUGCAAAUGUUGAUUGCUCAUAUAAUUUAUCACCAGAAGAGCUUUGCACUAAGAUCUCACUUUGUGACGCUUUAAUUGUACGCAGUGGCACAAAAGUGAAUCGUGAAGUUUUUGAAUCUUCUGGUGGUCGAUUAAAGGUUGUCGGUAGAGCUGGUGUAGGGAUUGAUAAUGUUGAUCUUAGUGCUGCUACUGAACAUGGUUGUUUAGUUGUUAAUGCCCCUACUGCUAAUACUGUGGCUGCUGCCGAGCAUGGGAUUGCUUUAUUGGCUGCUAUGGCUAGGAAUGUUGCUCAAGCUGAUGCUUCUGUUAAGGCUGGUAAGUGGCAAAGGAACAAAUAUGUGGGUGUAUCGCUUGUUGGGAAAACACUUGCUGUAAUGGGUUUUGGAAAGGUUGGAUCAGAAGUUGCUCGGCGAGCCAAGGGGCUUGGUAUGCAUGUUAUUGCUCAUGAUCCUUAUGCCCCAGCAGAUAGAGCUCGUGCAAUUGGUGUGGAGCUUGUGAGCUUUGAUGAAGCUAUUGGUACUGCAGACUUUAUCUCCCUGCACAUGCCUCUUACUCCUGCUACAUCAAAGAUUCUGAAUGAUGAAAAUUUUGCAAAGAUGAAGAAAGGAGUUAGAAUUGUCAAUGUUGCUCGUGGAGGAGUAAUUGAUGAAGAUGCUCUUGUCAGGGCAAUUGAUGCUGGAAUUGUUGCUCAGGCAGCACUUGAUGUUUUCACAGAAGAGCCCCCAGCAAAAGACAGCAAGUUAGUGCAGCAUGAGAAGGUGACUGUUACACCACAUCUUGGUGCUAGUACUGUGGAAGCUCAGGAAGGAGUGGCUAUUGAAAUAGCUGAAGCUGUUGUUGGUGCUUUGAAAGGUGAACUUGCUGCUACUGCAGUCAAUGCACCAAUGGUGCCUGCUGAGGUUCUUACAGAGCUGAAACCAUUUGUUAUGCUUGCCGAGAAACUUGGGAGGUUGGCUGUGCAGCUAGUAGCAGGUGGAAGCGGUGUGAAGACUGUGAAAGUGACUUAUGGCUCUACUAGAGCUCCUGAUGACCUUGACACCAGGUUGCUUCGAGCUAUGAUUACUAAGGGUCUGAUUGAGCCCAUAUCCAGUGUUUUUGUGAACCUGGUUAAUGCUGACUUCACAGCUAAACAGAGAGGACUAAGAAUAGCUGAAGAACGUGUUACCCUGGAUGGCUCGCCUGAGAGUCCACUUGAAUUUAUCCAGGUUCAAAUUGCCAAUGUGGAAUCAAAAUUUGCCAGUGCAAUAUCAGAGUCUGGGGAAAUAAAGGUUGAGGGAAAGGUGAAGGAUGGAAUUCCCCAUUUGACGAAGGUUGGAUCAUUCGAGGUGGAUGUGAGCUUGGAAGGUAGCAUCAUACUGUGCCGACAAGUUGACCAGCCCGGAAUGAUUGGUAAGGUGGGAAGCAUAUUGGGAGAGGAGAAUGUGAAUGUCAGCUUCAUGAGUGUCGGAAGGAUUGCUCCACGAAAGCAAGCUGUCAUGGCAAUUGGAGUUGAUGAUCAACCCAAGAAAGAAAGUUUGAAAAAGAUUGGGGAUAUCCCGGCUAUCGAAGAGUUUGUUUUCCUCAAGUUGUAGUGUGGUGUCAUCACUUCCGUAUCUUCAUUUUCCUCUCCUUUCUUUUUCUUCUUCUUCUCUUUUUUUUUUUUGGUAGGUUUACUUCCUUUCUGAAUGGGUAUUAUUACUUCACUGUACUGCCCGAUUUUGAGUUGAGUGCUUUGUCAUAGGUUUUGGGGAGGGAAAGAAUAAUUCAGAUUUGAGAUGAGACAUGUACUUUGUGAGGAACUAAUUACCUCUUAAUUCAUAUUACCUAUUAGCUGCUUCUUGUUUGAUAAA